ACGGGGAAGGAAAAAUGGAAAAACAGCUUUACCUUUUGCGCUGACUUCAGUUACGUUAUCCCCAUUACCGGCACCACUUAUAAUUCCAUCCGCGCGCACAUCAAAAGCUUUUAGCAACAAUGAGAUAAUAUCCCAUGAGCAUCGGAAUCGGAGGCUGGGAUCGGAGGCGCGCGCUCGACCAUGACGCGUCCAGGUCCUCCCAAUGAGAACUUGCCCACGGUAAAAUUGGUGGUGGUAGGUGAUGGUGGUGUGGGCAAGAGUGCCAUCACCAUCCAGUUCUUCCAGAAGCUAUUCGUGACGGAUUAUGACCCUACGAUCGAGGAUUCUUACAUACAACAUACGGAGGUCGACGGGCAAUGGUGCAUCCUCGAUGUACUGGACACAGCGGGCCAAGAGGAGUUCAGCGCGAUGCGCGAGCAGUACAUGCGGAAGGGCGACGGCUUCCUCCUCGUGUAUUCAGUCACGGAUCCGCAGUCCUUCCGUAAUCUACGGCGAUUCCACACACAGAUCCUGCGCGUCAAGGACAGGGACUCGUACCCGAUGCUGCUGGCCGCCAACAAGGUGGACCUGGUGCACGUGCGCGCCGUCAGCGAGGAGGCCGGGCGCGACCUCGCGCGCGCGCUCAACGUGCCCUACAUCGAGACCAGCGCCAAGGAACCGCCGCUGAACAUCGAGCGCGCCUUCCACGAGCUCGUGCGAAUAAUCCGCAAGCACCCGCAGCAGGAGGAGAAGGACCGCCGCCGCCGCAAGUUCGGCAAGUGUGCGCUACUCUGAGGUACACACUACACACUACACACGUGGCUAACUUCAAGCAUAUAACAUUCGCUGCUACUUUCAAGCCGAGUCGCGUUUGAACAUUUGAAAGUAGAGGGAAGUUUUCGGAAAUGUUCGGAAACAUGCACAAUGAAUUAAGUAAGUUUCCAUUUUGGAAAAGGAAAUUUUCGUUUCCCACACAAAAAUAUUAGAAUUUUCCGAAGUUGUUCCAUGUGAAAUUUUCGCAAUUUUGGAAACAUUUCGACGGUACUUCGGAUCGGAUGUGGGCGUAAUAUCAUUUAUUUAUUAUUUGUACCCAGUGUCUAUACUAUCUAUAGUGUCGGUAUAGAGAUGUAUACUUAUCGCCAGUAUAUGAUAUAUACGUAAAUUCCUGGGUUCUUGCUGGGUUAGUGAACUUGACAUUAAUGAAAAUAUAUAACUGCCCUUUAAGGCACAUCUUCUUCUUCCUCGCGUUAUCCCGGCAUUUUACCACGGCUCCUGGGAGCCUGGGGUCCGCUUGACAACUAAUCCUAAGAAUCGGCGUAGGCACUAGUUUUUACGAAAGCGACUGCCAUCUGACCUUUCAACCCAGAGGGGGAACUAGGCCUUGUUAGGAUCAGUCCGGUUUCCUCACGAUGUUUUCCUUCACCGAAAAGCGACUGGUAAAUAUCAAAUGAUAUUUCGUACAUAAGUUCCGAAAAACUCAUUGGUACGAGCUGGGGUUUGAACCCGCGACCUCCGGAUUGAAAGUCGCACGCUCUUACCGCUAGGCCACCAGCGCUUUUUUAUGUCCUUUUAAGGCACAUACGGGCUCAAAUACACCGAAUUCUCUAUGGUCUAGAUCAGUGGUUCCUAACCUUUUCAGUACUGUCACCCCUUUGACCAACUAGGGAACUCGAUUUUACCCCUCCUCCAUAAUAAUUAAUAUUAUUUCUUAUAGAUAGGUCCUUGUUAUCUUUGAUCCCCCGUAAAAUACCAGUUUUACCCCCGUAAGAUGCCAGUUUUUCCCCGCGGGGGUAAUUACCCCCAGGUUAGGAACCGCUGGUCUAGAUUCUAGAAAUAAAUUAAGAUAUUGUCUGUGGCACUUAGUUUUUUGUAUAGAUAAGCCUGAUGAUAGACAAAAAACCUACCUAUCUAAACAAUAUCUGAAUUUAUUCCGUGAGAUUCCGGGGCUUAUUAGUUCGUCUUUUAUGGUUUCUAAAAGUUACAAAAAUCAGAGCUGUGCUAUUAAAAAACCAAAAUAAGACCUAAUCUGCUAAGGCUUAAGGUCGUUUUUUCAAAUGAACAAAGAAACGAGACCCCUUAUAAUGAACAGUUUUGAAAGUGAAACUGCACAAAAAUAAGGAU